GACUGGGAUAGUCGUCAAUUCCGGCCCGCUAAAAUUCUUCGCACCUUCUUCGUGCACGACCUGAACCACAUCUUCCUUUUUUCUUUUUAGCAGCCUCAACAAUGGCGCCUCACAAGUCAAAGCGAAAGGUUGGCGAUACACUCGACUCUGGGCCUGAUACCUCGCGACCCUCGGCCGUCUUCAAACCCACCGGCAGCAGGACUUACACUGUCAGUCUGGCACUUCCGGGCAGUAUCAUCGCGAAUGCUCUCACCCACGACCAAAAGACAAGCCUCGUAGGCCAAAUCGCCCGCGCUUGUGCCGUUUUCUGCGUUGACGAGAUCGUUGUUUUCGACGAUGGCCAAGCGGAGACUCGAGGCCCGGAGCAUGGAGGAUAUACCGCGUUUGCUGAUCCCAACUUCUUCCUCUACCACGUGCUGACCUACCUGGAAACGCCACCCAAUCUCCGCAAAGCUCUCUUUCCCAUGCACCCAGAUCUUCGCACCGCUGGAGCCCUACCAAGCUUGGAUAUGCCGCAUCAUCUGAGGAGUGAGGAGUGGUGCGAGUAUAGAGAGGGCAUUACUCUCCAACCAGGUAAAGGAAAGAACCCUCAGAGUCUUGUCGAUUGUGGGCUUGCCCAGCGAGUCGUGAUUCCUGCCGCAAUUGAGCCCCAUACAAGAGUGACUGUGAAACUCGGCGAAACCUCCCCUGAUGGCUAUACGAUAUCAGGCCAGGCCGUGGCUCCAGAAACGCCUCGAGAAGAAGCAGGGUAUUACUGGGGCUACAGUGUCCGACAAGCUUCUUCUCUGAGCGCCAUCUUUACUGAAUGUCCAUUUGAUGGAGGCUACGAUCUCAGCAUUGGAACUAGCGAGCGAGGCAAGCCACUCAAGUCUAUUCUUGACAAGCAAUCGCCUGCUUAUGUGGAGCCGACGUGGAAACACCUUAUCGUGGUCUUCGGCGGUGUUUCCGGUCUCGAAGCGGCGCUCAAGGCCGACCACGAAUUGCAAUCCGCUGGUGUGCGUCAAGCUGAAGAGGUAUUUGAUUCGUGGAUCAAUCUGGUGCCAAAUCAAGGCUCGAGAACAAUCAGAACGGAAGAGGCUGUUUGGGUCGGCCUGACGGGAUUAAGGGAAGCUGUUGACGCCAGAGCUCGCCGCUGAAUGCCCAUUGGUACCUGGCCGGAACAUGCCUCGAUGUGCCUGCGGAUCUCAAGUGUGAGGAGCUUUGCGAACUGGUUCGAAGGAGCACACUUGCUUGGCCAGCCAUUCUUUGUCGCCCGUAUCUCCUUGCGCAGCUCACAGGUUCCAACCUUCAAAGCACUACGCAAUGUAGC